AUGGAAAGAGUAGAUAAUUUAAAUAAAUAAAUCAAGGAAGAUAAAGUUAUUAUUAAGAAAUGCAAGCAUCCGUCAACAGUAUCAGUUUUGCUUAACAAUCCAAAGCGCUUGAAUUCUCUUGAUGUACACAUGUUUAAAAAGCUUAACGAUGUAGUUUCAGACUUUAAUCAUAAGAUCAUAAUUAUCAGAGGUGUUGGUGAUAAGGCUUUUAGCUGUGGAGGAGAUGUUAAAAGUCUGCACAAAUAUAUAACUUAAAAGGAUGACGAAUCCUUGAUGUAAUAUUUUGAUUCUGAAUUCAAAAUGGAUUACGCUUACUUUUUACAAAAUCAAAUACCUAAUUGCGCUCUGAUUACUAUUUACAAUGGAAUCGCAAUUGGAGGAAGUAUAACGAUGAGCAUCUAUUCUAAAAUUAGAAUUUGCUCUGAAAAUACCCUAAUUUCAUUACCAGAAUGUAAGAACGGACUAUUAGUGCCUAGUAUUUAGUAUUUUUCUAAUUUAAGGGAUAAUCUUGGAGUCUAUUUAAUGAUGACUGGAGAUUUCAUCAAGGGAGAAGAUUGUGUGAAAUAUGGAUUAGCAGAUUACUUUGUAGAACAUUCUAAAUUAGUAGAUCUCUAAAAUGAGCUUGAAAUGUAAGAAAACUUAGAAAGCUGUCAUAAAAUUUGCAAAAAAUAUGCUUAAAAUAUUGAUGUAAAUCAAAUAAGAAAUAAAGAAUAUAUAAAAGAUCUGUUUUAAUUGACUGAUUUCAAUACAUUUUGGUAAAAUAUAAACUAAAAAGCAUCAUAAAAUUAAGAUCUUAAACUCUAAAAGUUUGCUUAGCAUUGCUUAAAAUAGAUGAAUUUGAGUAGUAAAAUUUCAAUAAGAGUAAAUUACAGUAUGAUUUUAUCAUCUUUUGAUAGCUCUAUAAGCUUUAACUAAUUCAUGUUAUUACAAGCAAGAUCAGCUAUCAAUUUGACUAAACUCUCUACUGAUUGCUAGGAAGGAUUGAAAAAAGCUGUAAUCGACAGAAACUAUAUACCUUAAUGGUCUCAUGAAACAGUGGAAUCAGUAAGUCAGUAAGAAAUAGAUCAGAUAUUAAAUGACGAAACAUAAAUUUAGUCUUUUACUAGACAAAUGAUUUAAAGUUUUGAUGAUGUAAACAAUUUAUUUAUUCAAAAAUAAAAUUACUAAAAUAAAUUAAUUGAUUCAAUAAUCUGA